CAUCUCUUCCCCUCUUCCCACAUCCCACAACCCACCACAAUGCCCGACCAGAUCACCUCGCGCGGCACCAACAGCCAGCUCCAGGGCAACUCGUACGACACGCGCCAGAGCAGCUCGGGCUCGACGGGGUACCACUACUCCAACACCAACGGGUCGUACUACUACUCAAACACGAACGGCUCGACGUACUACAACUCGGGCAGCGGAUACUCGUCGUACACUUCGCCCUCCGGCAACACUUCGCAGUCGUACUCGUCCAACAGCGGCUCGGGGAAGAAGUAGGCGGGAUAGGGCGAAUUGGGAGGUGAAGAACGAUGUCGAAGGUCGAGUCUGAGGUGCAAGCUCUCCUCUGAAGUCCAAGUAACCCAAUAGCUGAAUGAAGGUCUACACAUGACGUAGGG